UAUAAUAAUAAAUUUAAUGAUUUCUUCAAGAAUAGUUAUCCUCUUAGUUGUACUUGUAGUCACUAUCAAUGCUAUGAGAAUAAGACAAGAUUACGGUGAUAGAGCUGAAGCUGGAACCCCCUCUACCAUUACUGCUCAUAAUAAUGCCAACCAGGACUCUACCUCUAAUUCUAAUACCAAUGAACCAGGAUUCACAGAUGACCAGUGGGGAACUACUCCUCAACAGGUUGACAAUGGUGUAAACGGAGAUGAAGGUGACUCUCCUCUCUAUGGAAAUAACUUCGAUACUCAAUUAAUCACUACUGAUGGAUCUUCUGUGGCUAAUGCAGCUUACAAUGAAGUAGGCAUGGAACUAAUGGGAGAACAAGGAGAUCUUGAAAGCAGAGCUGAUCCUGCCCCAAGUUCUUAAGUAUUUCUCAUAAUUCAAAGGUUUAUUAAUC